GUGCUUGGCAACAGAGAAGUCAGUCGAUAGCUGCCUUGCGCCGUCGCAUUCGCAUUUCCUUCAUCGGACACUUCUCUGAGUUCACUCAUUGUGUGUCAAAGCCGCAUCGAAGUGCUUCUAUACUCCGCAGGUUGUAUACGCGUCCGUGGCUGCAGGUUAAGUUGCUCCGCUCCGACUCCCUCCGAGAAUGAAGUCUACCGUAGUCGUGGUUGCGGCGGUAUGCCUGCUGGUGCUGCUGGCUUUCCCGCACGCUGUGUCGGGGUGGUGCCUGGAGAAUACGGACCACGACCCGAACACGAAGCAGAGGAUCGACUGCAGGAAGAAUCCCAACGCUGGAGCGACCAGAUGGGGCUGUCAGAGUCUGUGCUAUGCGCAACCCUGGUGCCAAGGCGUCGUGUGGAUUGACAGCGAGUUCCAUUGGGUCAAGGGCAAGAUCUGCUGCUACCUCAAGAACAAGUACAAUCCAAGCGCUCUCAAGCCCCAAGCGCACCGUACCUACUGCCGGAGAGGCUACUGAGUGAUGGGAUUUAACGGACCAGUCUGAGUGAAUCCUACUGGUGGCUCACGGUGGCCAAAACCAUGAUUGGUGAUGCUGCUGGAGGGGUCAGAGUGAUGAAGGCAAGUAAUUAACGGUGGCUAACGGCAGCAGCAACGGCUGUCACCAUUUGUUAACCGCGGACGACCGUUAACAGCCGAGGCAAGCACGAGGUGGCAGCACUCAUAACCGGCCGUAACGGUGGACACACUGUAAGCUUAGCUCGUUCACUGCAUGUGUGCGUGUUUUCCGUUACGACUGAUGUCGACGCACGCGUGUCCUAACGGAACGGAACGGAACGGAACGGAAGGGCUAGGUGCAAAGUCUGUCAGCAGACAGAAACGCUUUUGAGCCUGAGAGCUGGCUAAGGAUAUUAAGUGUCAGGAUCAUACCGAUAAGAAUGCAUGGGUUAAGUGGGCGCACAAAUCGUCGGCACAUGGGUAUCAUCAUCACACCAUCAUCAUCCUAGUACACACACAGAAAGGGAGAGGGGGUAGAGGUAGACACAUCAACGAUCAUCGGGACUGAGAGUCCAUUUGUGUCUAUGCUAGCGGACGGAAACAGCUGGUAGAAGAACGAAGUCAUGCUGUAUACUAGUGUGUAUAUAUAUAUAUAUAUAUAUAUAUAUAUAUAUAUAUAUAUAUAUAAAUGAACUCGUGUCGCGCUGCACCGCAUACACUUCUCUCUCUCUCUCUCUCUCUCUCUCUCUCUCUCUCUCUCUCUCUCUCUCUCUCUCUCUCUCUCUCUCUCUCUCUCCAUCUCGAACCAACGCCACAGUGAGAGGCUGGACUCUCGAGUGAAUGUGAGCAGGGAGGGGUCUUUUCGACGGGGUCCCGACCUCCACGAGCCGUCUGGAACUUGCAUGGAAUUGGAAAAAAGGUGUACUGAUGGCCAUCAUGUCUCUACCGGGCUGAUAGUGUCCCGACCUCCACGACACUGAUAGACCUGGCAUGUCGUGGUUUUGAAUGAUUGGAUGACUUUUUUUUUUUAAUGCAGGAGGAAAUCCUUCACCUGCAGCAGACAGUGGACCAGCUGCUCGCACGGCUGCAGGCGCAACCAGUUGCUGUAGCAGCCGCAGCGCCUUCCACCCUUACCACCCGUGUGCAAGUUUUGGAGGAUGACGUCAUCAACAUCAAGCGUGUGCAUCAGGACUUCCGGACGUCGCGGCAAGCAACAAACUUGCAGUUGGAGACGCAGGUCCAGGCUGCUGCCACCGUGACGCCCGCUGCAGCAUUCUCCCGGCGCUCACCGAAGCUGGAUGACAUUCUCGUCUUCUGCGAUCAGUCCAAGACGGAACUGAUCCCGUGGUGGCGCCAAUUUACUCUCAGGCUCGACAUGCACCAUGUCCCGAACAACGAUCGACAUCCGUGCUUGUACCACCGAUCUGGUGGUGCGUGUCAAGCAUGGCUGGACAACAUCUUGACCAGAUACGGCAUAGCAGUGUCGGAACUGCACACCAAGCUCACUUGGCAGGAGUUGACCGACGCCUGGCACAAGCGAUUCCAAGUGGAGCCGCCCGACCUGCAAGCGAUGGAUAAGCUCAACAAGCUCCAUCAGAACACGCUGCUCAGUCAGGACUGGAYUACCGAGUUCCAAAGACUCGCCUCCACACCUGACCUGCCGCUCGCAUUCCGCGCCAUCAAGCACUUGUUUAUCAUGCGCUCAUGUCCAGCUCUGCAAAACGCGCUGACGCAGAUUGCAGAGACACUCGACACAUCUGACAAGCUUUUCAACAUAGCGUCACGGAUCAUUCUCACGAAUAUCGAAGCCCGCAACGCCGGCCGAUCUUCCGCAAUGACGAGUGGCACCCAGCCCAAGCCAAAGGUGGCUUGCAUUACUUCUACCGAUUCUGCAACACCAAACGAGGGAAAAUCAGCUUCGGGCUCCGCCCCCGAAAAACGGUCAUACGGCAGGUCUAAGCUCUACCACGACAAACCAUGGGCUCUUGAUUGGGUCGGUGGCCUUCAUACACCGGGUUGCGGAGCCAUUGUCUUCUUGAGCGAUGACAACGACCUGAGUUGGUACUCCUGCGGAGGGGUGGAGAAAUCGGAAGCGGGGAUGUUUACCUACGAUGGCAGGAAGGAAGAGUUCGCGAGGCUGCCUGCUGCCCAGCAAGUUGACUGUGUUUUCGUGUCGAUUGACGCCCCGUCUUCGUCGGCUGCGGGCCCCAAACAGCGCCAGGAUCAGCCGGCCAGAGCGGGUGGAAAGAGGAAGCAAUUGGCGACUACCCCUUCUUCGUCGGUUGCGGUUGUCCAGGCUCUGCCCGCUCCUGUUCCGCCCUCGGACCGGCAAGGUCGCGAUGAGGCCGAGCAGUCCAGCGAGGCCACAAACUACGACGACGGAGCUGUGUGGUAUCGGGCUGGUUCCCAGCAUCGUUCCCGGGGAGGUGCAGGUGCCUUCCAUGAUGAGGAAUGCGAGGGCCAAGAUGGGGAGGGCAGUGGUUGGGAUGGGGAGGGCGGUGGUGAGGAGGGGGAGGGCGGUGGUGAGGGGGAUGACGGUGACGAAGGAGAUGCUGAAGGUGAGGAUGAUGACAUGGACGAGGAGAGAGACGAUGUUGGUGAGGAAGCCGAAGACAAUCGCUCCUCCCAAUUUCAGCAUCCCCACAAGAAUGAAUCGCGGGGGCGCCGUGAGGAUGACGCCUGCCGCGUCGGUGAUGCGGUCGAUGCUGGUGGCCAGCCUGUGGCCUCCCGCGGAAUGUCGCAGUCCUAUAACCAGACGAAGGAUGGGAGAGACGAAUCUGGCUCACGGGGAAAGAAAAAGAGGGGACAAGCGUCGACCUUUCCUGCGAGUCGAACAAAACAGGCGAGGGCCGACGCCGUCAAUGAAGCUCGCAGAGCGUUGACGACAUCCCAGGAAGCGCGGGUUCCUCGAAAAACUAGUGGGGGGGGGCGAAGUGGCAGUCGUGGCGGCGGUCGUGGUGGCGGUAGGAAAGGCUCGCAGAGGUCCAGGGCACCUGAGCUGCGGGACUCGGGGGAUGAGGGCGAGGGGGUGGGGCCUCGCAUGCCCGAAGACAUUGAAGAGCUGGUUCAACACGCCACGCCCCUCGACACGACACGAUGUUUCUUCCUCAAAUACGACGAACAGGGCUUCGCAAGGCAAGACGUCCGUAUUGUUAACGUCGACGUUAAUAGGAUCAAACCCAUUCCCCGUGGGAGGAUCCUUUUUAACCACCGUUCGUUAUCUGAGAAUAUUGUGAGAGGCAUCGAGAGUGCCAUAGAAAGCUCCAUCAGUGCUGAACAGGGGGUGUGGGAUAGACCUGAGCUCGUUCUUGCAUCGGUUGACCCCAACGUCAUCGUCGGCGGGCAGGGAAGGCGAAUCACGCCAGACGAGUUCUUCCAAAGAGACUCUGCAGAGUUCGACUGGUACGCUGUCUGCGGUCAGCAUACUGCCGAGGCCAUGAAACGGUUGGUUGCAAAGGACUUCCCCGCGGUUAAAGUCUACGGCAUCCGCGCGUACUCUAAAGUGCGAGUCGUCUUUUUCCACGAUGACCACACACGCGGGUACUUCAAUGUCUCCCUCUUUGACAACACACGGGAGAAUCGCGCCAUGAUGUUAUCGUUCCAAGACGCUAUGCGUGAUAUGAGGCAAUGGUGGAUCGACAACAACAGGAUCGAGGCACCCAAAGCUAAGGUCAGCGAGACGGAUGCCGUCGCCGUUGCGCAUCAGAAAAUGUGGCUGAACUUCCUGAGGGCCUGCAUGGGGAAGGCGUGCGACAAGGCGUUCGUGAAACAGGCACUCGACAACGAAUACAACAAGGAUUGGAGUAACAAACUCCGGAGGUACCUGAACCUCGCCACGUCCACCCGCACGGUUUGGUCGCUGGUGGAGAAGUUCUUCGCGAUGUUCGAGGAGGGUAAACUGCCAAUCAGCGACGGCAAGAUCCCACUUCAGAUGCUGGGGAGGAUGGAGGGGCGCCUGCCCGGCCCCGUCGUUCCACGAACGACACGGAGGUGGUGGAUCAAACGCAGGACGGGGGGGACGUGGGAAGACCUUCGACAACUCGACGAUGCCACGGAUGACUACUUCAACGAGAAGAAGCAUAGCGCCGAAGAGCAGCAGAGGGACCACCUGAAGCACCACAGCGAUGAGGAGCAGCAAAGGGAGCCUGCGGUACAGGAUCCGAUCGUCCAGAGGGUGGACUUAGGCGGGCCGACAGACGAGGAAGAAGAAGAGGAGGAGAGAGAGGAAUCGGGAGAGGAAGAACGCGACAUCAUGGAGGAAGAAAGAUCUGAUGACCCCGAUUACCGCGAGUCGGAGGAGGAAGAAUCUAAGGAAGCGGAGCCAAGGGAAGGCGGAUCGGACGAAUCAGCUGACCCCCCCAAGUUAAGCAAGGAGGAGGACAAGAUCGCAGAGCAGAAUAGAAGCGAAAGGGCGGAGGGGAAGCGGCCAUCGAGGAAUCGGGAGGGUCGGCGAUACAAGAUGAUCCGGCGUGCAAUCCGAAGCCGCCAUAGGAGGAGUCGGAGGGAAAUGGAGCCGCUGCCACGGAGGGAUCUAGAAGUCGCUGUCGUCGAAGAGACCAGUCGCCGACUAAAUCCCAUUCAUCUUUGCGGCCAGCCAUUCGCCUACGUGGAGAUGCGGAUGCUCGGGCGUUCAAAAGGGACAACAGAGGACGGGCAAGUGGGAGGAGGCGACGUGAGGGCAGUGGCGGCAAGGACAGGAGAGUUCGACACAACAGAAUCUACACCAGAUAGCGGACAAGAGGAAGGAGGCGAGGCGAGGUGUCCGACGGAGAAGAAAGCGAAGGAUCAGGCAAACAGGAGGCAGGGAAGAGCUGGCACAACUAGCUCCCUGAUCUUCUUCCAAGGUGGGAUGAGACAUACCCUGGGAAGACGCGCCCCCUACUCCCCAUACGAACGGCCAAUCAAUCGGAUACUCCCCACGACCAACGACCUGGUCCCCCGCGGUAACCAUGGGACAGGCUUGGGGAGGCUAACAACUGCAAAGCCUUCGGGGAUGGGGACAGAAGGGGGAACUUCCACCACGAAGGACGAGGCAGAAGGAUCUGGGGAGCUAAAGGGGGAGGACAACCGUGGCAACCAGAAUGGGGGGAGAGUCGGGGCGGGUUCGGAGAUGCCACCUCAGCAGACCUCCACCGCGCAGGACGAGGCAGAAGGAUCUGGGGGAGGGGGGGGGGAGGACACGGAAAUGAGGGAGAACGAAGGGGAUGAGAUCCUGACUGAGGAAGAGAAAAAAGAGAUGGCAGGCAAACAAGGGGUAAAUCCGGAAGGGGAGAAGGAAACGUCAGUUCUUCCCACGUUCCUCGCUUCAAGUCAAGUUGUUGCUCCCAUCAUGAAGUCUAACGUGACAGUGGUUGCGGCCUUAUGCCUGCUGGUGCUGGUGGCUUUCCCGGCCAUUGUGUCGGGGUGGUGCCUGGAGAAUACGGACCACGACCCGAACACKAGGAGGAAGAUCGACUGCCGCAGGAAUCCCGACGUUGCAGGGUCCCAACGGGCCUGUCAGAAUCUGUGCUAUGCGCAAUCCUGGUGCCAAGGCACGGUGUGGAUCGGAAGCCCAGCCCAUUGGGUCAAGCGCAAGUACUGCUGCUUCCUCAAGGACAGGUACAAUCCAAGCGCUCUCAAGASCCAAAAKCACCGCAGGUACUGCAGGAGAGGCUACUGACUGAUGGGAUUUAGCGGACCUGUCUGAGCCAAUCGUGCUGGUGGCUCACGGUGGCCAAAACCAUGAUUCGUGACGCUCCCGGAGGGGACAGCGUGAUGAAGGCAAGUAAUUAACGGUGGUUAACGUUAGCAGCAACGGCUGUCGCCGUUUGUUAACCGCGGAUGGCCGUUAACAGCCGAGGCAAACACGAGGUGGCAGCACUCAUAACGGGCCGUAACGGUGGACACACUGUAAGCUUGUUUACUGCGUGUGUGUGUAUGUGUGUCAUCCGUUAGGACGGAUGUCAAUCCGUGUCGUAACGGAAGGUAACGGAACGGAAGGGCUAGGUGCAAAGACUGUCGGCCGAUUGCCGCCGACAGAAAGACUUGUGAGCCUGAGUGYUGGCGAUGCAUAUUCAGUAUUUUUUCCUUUUUUUGAAGAAAAAGAAACGGAUAUUAAGGGUAAGCGUCGGGAUACCGACGAAAAAAUAGACGGGUUAAGUCGGGGGACAAAUCGUUGGCACAUGGGUAUCAUCAUCACACCCUCAUCAUCCUAGUACACACACAGAAAGGGAGAGGCUGUGGAGGUGGACACAUCAACGAUUAUCAGGACUGAGAGUCCGUUCAUAUAUUCUAGCCAAGGCAAACAGGAGGCAGAAGAAAGAAGUCAUGCUGUACAUAUAUGAACUCGUGACGGACUGCACAGCAUACACUCUCCUCUCUCUCUCUCUCUCUCUCUCUCUCUCUCUCUCUCUCUCUCUCUCUCUCUCUCUCUCUCUCUCUCUCUGUGCGAUCCAACGCCACACUGAUAGUCUCGAGUGAUUGCGAGCUUAGAGCGGUCUUCUUGACGGGAUCCCGACCUUCCCGAGCCAUCUGUAACUUGCAUGGAAUUGGAAAAAAGGUGCAAUGAUGGCCACCAUGUCCCRACUGGUCCCGACUGGACUGAUAAUGUCAGAGAACACUCAGAAUAGACCUGUCAUCAGUGUCAYGUCGUGGUUAUGAAUGAUUCAAUCAUWUGAUUGGAUGACUUUUUUUUUAAUGGUAAUAUGAAGUUAAGGAUCGACAGACCAGUUCGGAUUUAUCUCCUGYAACCCAACCGU